AUGGAGUAUGGGCAAAGCCAGCGGGAGUACAGUUGUGUCAUCUAUACUUUGGACGUGAAAACAUCCAAAUUUCCAGGGAAUACCGUGUUGAGGUACCAGAGUCCGACUACAUCCCCGGACCAGUCGAAAGUGACGCGGAUUCCAAUAGUGACUUGGCAUGGUUUAGAUCCACAGGACGAGUAUAUAUAUUUAAAUGUCGCCCGUAAUUCACCAGUGCAUUAA